AUGCCAAAGCUAACCCCCGCAGGCGUCCUCUCGGGCCUGUACAUCUGGAAACAGCCCCUGACGCAGUACACAGAAGAGCAGAAGAACAAGAACAAGCCCCUCGUCCCGCCCGGCGACAUCUCGCCCAAGGUCUCCGAGGAGAUCAAGGCCGCCGCCACUGCGCCCAGCACCGAUGCCAAGGUCGCGUUCGACUCGGCAAGGCAGGCGCACUCGGAGCACGGACAGGGCGAUGUCCCGAGCAAGUGA